CAGUUGCAUGUUCGAGAAUAAUUUUUGGGCCGAGUUAACAACAAUGAAAAAAACAUGGCGGCAGAAUCGCCAAAACAGAAAAAGAUCAGGCUACAAAACAGGUAUGACAGGUCACCAGAAUGGGAAACUGUCUUCAAUUUAGCAUCAACUCAAUUAGUUUAUCCAGCGUUUGCUAUUCUGCAACUUGGACCAGACUGUAAUGCGAGUACGAGUGCCUUGUUUACAGAUGUCAGGUGCGACUUCAGGAAAGUGGGCCCAGCAGGGAGCUCUUCUCUGUACAUGAUCGACUUCGAUGAUGUCUUCACAAAAGGGAUCGAUCUAUUGCUGGACCUGAGAGAUCAAUCGCGGGAACUGAAUGAGGACGAGCAAAGAGCGGUUGACAUACUUCAUAAUUAUUUUAAAGAGAAAGAAUGUCACGAAAAGUGUCUAAGUCAAGUUUUGGGAGGACUUGAUUCGACAGAGGAGAGGAGUCAGGAAAUAGAUGGACAGACCCUCGUUCUGGCUGAACAUUUAUUGAGGAGACUAGCACCGGGACAGUCUUGUGUAAUUAACGAGCAGAUAAAAGUGAAAGUCGGGGCAGGAAAAUGUCAGUGUGGUCUGGAUCAUUGUAACAGAACACCUGCAACACCAGUAUUUGAGAGCACUGGGAUAGGAGAGGAAUCAGCCUGGCACGGUUUUCCAGACAUCAUAUGCUCUUCACAGUCAGCUGCUGUUGUAUCUAGAAGUGAAUCACAGGUUGAUGAAAAAGAUUGCCAAGAAGAAGAAAGGACAUUUUGUGAAACAAGAGUAAACAGCAAUCAAGGAGUUGAAAAUCAAAUAAUUUCCCAGACAAUUGUUUUCUCGUUCAUCCAAAGGAAACUUUAUCCACAUUUACAAAACUCUCUGAUACCAAACCUCCUGAUUUCCCCGCGUCAUUACAGGAUUCUAAUGUAUGAUUCUCUCAAUGAUAUUCUAAUCUGCAGUGUCAAGCUCCCAAUCUUUCAAGACAAGGAUAAACCCAGAAAACUGAACAUUGCUUCCAUAGUUUUCCUCUGGAUGGUUUUACAUUACAGAUUAUUCUGUGUUGGUAUUGACGUGAAAGCCAUACUGGAAAAUGAAUCUAUAAAGGACAUCAAAGAAAUUCAGUCCCAGUUCCCAGACAGGGCGGGGGAUAAAUUCCCACUGUAUACAGGCUGUUGUAGAAUUGGGGUCUCGCAGUUUCCACCCGUAUCCGAGGAAGAUCUUCCAUCUUAUGACAAUUUUCUGUUUGGAAAAAGAUUGUUUAAGUCUCGGAGAUUGUUACACGCGUUGAACAACAAACAAAACUAAAGUUUGUACAAUGUUGUUUGUUUUUUUUAAUGAGAGUAAGAGUAAACUGUAAGAGUAUUAAACAUGUUGAAGCUGAUUGUUCAAUACGUACAUGUACAGUGUAAAUUAAGUAUUUAUUUCCACAAUAUGUGUUUAAACCAUAAACAAGCUUAAAUAUAACAAUUUAAUGCCAAAAAAAAAAAGACAAAAUCAAAGGAAUAUUUCAGAUCUCUAAUUAUAUUUUGUUUUAACUAGUUUGAAUUGUUUCAUGUUCUA